AUGUAUCUUCCUCCUUUCUCCAAACAUUGUAUGAAUCUUGCUCAUAAAACCUUAUUUAUGACUGUUUAUUUCGUCUUGAUCCUCUUAGUUUUUAGUUCUUGCAACGCCGCGGCGAGGAUAGGACCAAUUAAGGUUUCUGAAAUGGAAAUAGUUCACACAAGAUCAAGAUCGUCAAGACAUGAGUUCACUGAUGGUUUUAGAUUCAAAGGUCGUGUGUUCCAUAUUUUGUCUAAACGGGGACUUGUACCACCUUCAGGACCUUCCAAAAGGCAUAAUUCUGUGGUGAAUGAUCUCAAACACUAA